UGGGGUUGCACACAGAUUUCCUCGCAAUCUUAUCAUCUCUCUCUCUCUCUCGCUCCGUCUCCCUCUCGGCUCUCUCUCUCUCUCUCUCUCUCUCUCUCUGCAAAACUCUCUUGUAAACCCAAUAAUUUUCUUACAUUCUGUCGCCAAAACUCGAAAUACAAAAACCCUAGGGAGAGAAUUCAAACCGACAUUGUCUCUCUUUGGGAUUCCGCUGUAAUUAGGGUUUACCGUUUACGUAACAGUUUCCGCUAGUGUUUAAUGUGUAUGCACACAUAACGUCAUAUAUUUAGACGUGUAUUCUUCCUUUGCAUGUCUGUAUCGUUUGUAAGGAGAAGACGGAGAUGGCUAUACCAGAUAGGAUAUCAGAGAAACUCAAACUCAUUGAUUCGAAGAAAAACAGCCUACGGAAUGUAAUUCUGAUGCUGGCAAUGGAAUGGAAGGAUCUCGACGAGCAAUUGGACUCGACCGAGAAGUGCGUGCAAGGAACCCUCGACGAACUCCGUAUCAGCGAGAACAACUUGGAGUCGGUUCGAGAAAGCAACAAAGAGCUUCAGUCAAUUCGGGAAUCCAUCGAGUCACGUGCAGAAGAACUGGAAAUGAGAGAGAAGGAAUUCCUUUCUUUCCAACAGACGCAGAUUGAAGAACUGAAGUUGAAACAGGAGCAAUUGGACACAAUGCGUAGGUUGGCCGAUGUACAAAUUAAAGAGGCUGAGCUUAGAGAGGAAAGGCUCAAUGAGCAAUACGAGUCGUUGGAGGGGCUUUUGGAGAAGCUUAAGUCGGAGAAGGAACAAUUGGAGCAUAUCCAGAGGUCUAUAGGCCAAAGAUUCGAAGAAAUCAUAUUGAAAGAGACGUACUUUGAAGGUCGUGCUAGAGAACUUGAUUCCAUCCAGAAUUGGAUAGAGAGGCGUGCCAAAGAGCUUGACACGAAAGAAGAACAGGUUGAUGACCGCAUUAACGAACUGAAGUUGGAAGAGGAGUUGAUUCGGAAAUUGAAUGAAGAACGUUGCAAGGAACUCGAAUUAAAAGAGAGAGAUAUUUAUUCUGCUCAGAAGUUGAAUGAAGAACUGUCUAAGGAACUUGAGUCCAAAGAGAAGCAACUGGAGGCAACUCAAAAAUACAUCAAUGAGUCCUUUAAAGAGUUUCAUUUGAAAAGCAAGCAACUCAAGUUGGACAAAAAAUUGUUCGAGGAGCGCAGUAAGGAACUUGAAUCAAAAGAGAAACAACUUGAGGAACAGUGUAAAGAAGUUGAGUUGGGACAGAAGCAAUUUGUCAAUACUAGUGUGCAUUCCUGUGUAAAGGCGGAGCAAGUGGAAGAUAUGAUGCCAGUUGACAAGGCAGAAAUUCAAUUUGUUGUCACAAUGGACGGAAGGAGUUUGCAAUUGUUCCUAAAUGAACGGUCACUUGAUGACGAGUCAAUGCCGAGUGAAGUUUAUAGAGCGCUUCGAUUGUCAUUGGAUCCUGCAAAGCUAGUACUGGAUGCAAUGGAAGGGUUUUACCCUCCUCAUCUCAAGAAGGGGGAUGUGGGGUUUGAAGAGGACGUAGUUAGGAGGAGUUGCAUAGUUUUGCUAGAGCAGUUAAUGAAGAUCUCUCCUCUGAUUAAACCUUGUGUGAAAGAAGAAGCAUUGAAGCUUGCUAAAGAGUGGAAGGCAAAAAUAAGAGCGGUGCCCGCUAACUACUUGGAGGUGUUGGGCUUCUUGCAGCUCUUAGCUUCCUACAAGUUGGCUUCUGGUUUUGAUGCUGAUGAGCUUUUAAAGCUUUUUGCUGUUGUGGUGGAGCAUAAUCAAGCACCUGAUUUGUGUCGGGUCCUUGGUUUCACAGAGAGGGUUCCUGAUCUCAUUGAAAUUUUUGUCAAGCAGAAGCAAGAACUUGUGGCUGUUAGACUUAGUUUUGGUUUUGGGCUUUGUGAUAAGUUCCCACCUGUACCCCUCUUGAGAAGGUACUUGAAUCGCGCCAAGAUGGUUUCCCAGAAACAAAGCAAUAUGGGAAAAGAGUCAAGAGAAGCACAAGAUAGGGUAAUAGAUGAAAGAGUAGCUUCUAUCAGAGCUGUUAUCAAAUGCAUUGUCGAUCACAACCUUGAAUCCCAGUUCAAUUGCAAAGGCCUUGAACAAGGUAUUGAACAGCUUUUAGUACGGAAGGAAAGUAACAAGCGGAUUAGAGCGCGUCUCAUCAAGGCUCGAGCACCUGUAUACAAUGCUAAUAAAGUUACGUCAUCCACCAGUGCCCCUUUGCACCCUAAAGCUACUGCGUCCAAGCUUGACCCUACCACCCAUACUAUGGCCUGCAUCCUUGCCAACAUGGACGGAAAGAAUUUGCAACUUUUCUUGAAUGAACAUUUGGAAGAGCAUGAAUGGAUACACAAGGAAAUUUAUGAUGUUCUCAAAACGUCAUCUGACUCAGGAAAGCUUGUUCUAGAUGCAAUUCAAGGGUUUUAUCCUCCACAUUCAAAAAAGGGAGGCAUAGAUAUUGAAGCUAGUGUUAUAAGGAGGAGUUGCAUUUUCUUGUUGGAGAUAUUAAUGAGACUGUCAGAGCGGAUUAAACCUCAAGUGAAAGCAGCAGCUAUGAAACUUGCAGUUGAUUGGAAAACAAAAGCAGAAGUCGAUGAAAAAAAUUCAUUGGCAGUCUUGGGUUUUUUGCUACUUGUAGGUACCUAUGGAUUGGCCGCCACCUUUGAUACAGAUGAGCUUCGUGAUCUUUUUCAGACUGUUGCAGAGAAUAGAUUAGCUCCUCAAUUAUCUCAAGCCCUUGGUUUCUCAGAAAAGGUUCCUGGGAACAACAUCCUUCAUUUCCAAAGAACGAUUGACGAAUCUGCCUCAGCAAGUCUGCAAUUGAACAGCGUAGUUCCUUCUUCAUCUCUGGGCCCUUCUCAUUCAAUGUGGGAUGAAGUUCCUGCUUGUAUUCAAUUUGCAUCAGAUCCUGCAAAGCUUGUCUUGGAUUCAAUGCUAGGCUGUUAUCACUCAAACUUCAAGGCGAAUGCCAUAAAAGCUUUCAAUCUCUUGCUAAGUCGGUUAUUAAGAGUCCCACUAGAGAUUAAAACUCCAGUGAAAGAAGAGGCAAUGAAGUUUGCGUCUGAUUGGAAAGACAACGCCGAGCUGCACCAUCCUUCAGAAGUGUGGUGCUUUUUGUUGUUCUUAGCCACCUACAAAGGGGCCUCUUGUUUCCCUACGAAUGAGCUUCUUGAUCUUUUGGAGAUUGUUUAUAACCAAAGACAGGCAACUGAUUUGUUUGGCGCCCUUGGACUGGCAGAUGAGGCCUCGAAUUUUAUCAGACGUCUUAUUCAUAGAGAACUGUACAUGGACGCUAUUAAGUAUAUUUGCGGAUUCAGUCUCGUUGAUGAGUUCCCACCAACACCUCUCCUAGAAAGAUACUUGAGUCGUGAAAAAGAGGCUGCCAAGAAUAUACGCAAGGAGGGAAGCAAGGGAGGCAACUUUCUUCAAGCACAGGAUAAGGCCAUAAGGAAAGAAGUAGUUGCUCUCAACACAGUAAUCAACUGCAUAGAAUUGCACAGGCUUGAAUCACAAUACUCACCUGAGAACCUUAAGACACGUAUUGAAGAGUUGUUACGGCGGCAGAGAAGUGUUGCACCAGCCCCUGCUGCCAAGGGUCAACUGCGAGAGGAAGUGGACAAGAGGAGUGCUAUGCAAUCCCUUGCCUUGGUGGCUCAGCCGCAAGAGCAGAAUGGGAGGAAACGUAUUGCCCCCGGCCUUGACCAUGACUCUAAUACUCCACCUCAACAGCGUUCUGCUAAAAAAAUUUGUCGAGAUCAUGUAAGCAUGGCUCACCCCAUUGAGUCGCCACAACAGCCUUAUCAGCACCCACCUGGUGGAUUUGCUGCAGAAACUGCACCUUAUCGUAAUACACACUAUGCACACUACUCCCUUGGGGCCUCCAGUCCUGUUCCCGCCAUGCGUAUGAGUCCUAUACGAUCGGAAUAUGGAUCUGGUACUCCUAGCAGGGGAUUCCCGCCAUUCGGUUUGGUGGGUUCCAAAUAUGGUUCUGUUCCUAAUUUCAAUGCCAAACCAUAUACAGUAGCAGGAACACCUCAUUAUUCGCUGUCUUAGUGACUUCAAGAUUAGGUUCUGGGUUUAGGCUUCAAGCAUGUCCGUGAUGUUUACUACCUUCAUUGUAAAUAGCGCAAGUUGGGUCUUUUAGUCUUUGACGAUUGUUAGUUCCCACUUGUCGUUUAUGAUGGAAAGAUGCGAUGCUCUGUGCAAGGAUAAAAAAAAAUACAAUGCUCUGGCCAGAAAAAGUAAAUAAACAUCGUCGUCUUCUUCUUUUUUCGUA